AUGCCCACUUGGUCCCAGAUCGACUUUUCUCGAUUCCUAGCUUCCUGGGCCGGCCAGGAUUGCUCUUGUCCUCGACAAUUAGGUGGUGAUGAUACCAACGAGCCCGAUACGAAUCUGGGAUUGUUCUUGGAGGACAGCGACGAGAUCGGCGCUGUGACAGAAGAAAUGGAUCGGUUGACGAUGAGAAUUGAGAAACCUGGUAGUAAUGGUGUACAUUUGGAGUCAAAGGGGUCCAGAAUUCCAUUACCUUGGGAGCUUUUGCAGCCUGCAUUGCGAAUUUUAAGGCAUUGUUUGUUGGCCCCAUUGAAUUCUCAGGAUGCUAAGGAUGCGGCUUCUGUUGCAGUAAGGCGAUUGUAUGCGCGGGCGUCUCAUGAUUUGGUCCCCCAGGCAAUUUUGGCUACCCAGAGUCUCAUUCAGCUUGAUAAGAGGACACGUGAGGCAGCCAAGACUGCUGCGGCUGCUAAUUCGUCUUCUAAUGCAAACACCCCGAGCAAAGCUAAGAAACCGGAUGUUUUUUUUGUCUCAAAAUGA